AUGAUAAUCACCCGAUGUCAUGAUGACGGUACCGAUGCAGAUCUAUGGCGUGAAAGUGCGUUUUCUUUGUGGUCACGUCCUGUACGAUAUUUGGCGAUUAGUCGCGAGGUGCCCGAAGCAGCAAUCAGGAUCACCCGAUGUCAUGAUGACGGUACCGAUGCAGAUCUAUGGCGUGAAAGUGCGUUUUCUUUGUGGUCACGCCCUGUACGAUAUUUGGCGAUUAGUCGCGAGGUGCCCGAGGCAGCAAUCAGGGGAACAGUCUCAGUUGUGACGGAUAUCACAGUAGUGAAAGACACAGAUCCAAUACCACAUGGAUUUAUUGCUAUCGACUAUUGCGCAGACUCGCGUGAAAAGUCGUUACGGAAACGAUUUAUUUGCGUGAAAACAGAGCCGCGUGACUCAGUUGUCGACGCAGUUGGAGAAGUGAUUAUCCUGAAUAAACAGAAGAAAACUCCGCGAAAUUUCACACUGGCUGGUGAAAUAGAUGGCGCUUCUCUUUGCUUCCGUGUAGUUGUGGUUCCUACCGCAUUCGGUUUGGGACGCUGUGCGAGGUGUGCUCAAUUUGAUGCCUUUUUUUUUACUUCUAUUGAACAAGAUUACUCUUUUAUAGCGAUCAUGGCUUGUCAACUAACACUGAGAAAUCAUUGCCGCCUCCCCCGAUUGGCCUUUAUCCUCAACUAA